UCAUUCUGUUGUAUAUUUCAGUCUCUAGAAAGAAUUAUGUUUAUUGUGGGAUUUCGUUUGCUUGCCUGAUUUGGUUUCCUGUUCCCGCGCGCCACGAGGAAAAUGAAGCCCAAGCCGUCGGAGGAAACCUCACCGCUGCAGAAGAUUCCGUGCUCAGUGGGUGGGGUUGAUGAAACGAGGAAAAAGUUGAGUGGCUGCAAGUCGCUGAAAGACUUGAAAGCCCGUCUGACGAACCUGUCCAAUGAUACCAGCCCUGGAUCUCCGUCUAAACGUUUGCAACAGGCGCUUUCUGGAAUGCAAUGUGUCUCUGGAUCUUCGAGUCCCGCGACGAAAAAAUCUGAAAUCCAGGAAUUUGGUGAACUUUUGAUUCCUGCGAGUCCUGUCAAGACGUCCUCGUGCUCCCCGUUCAAGUUCGCGUCUGUACGGAAGAAUCUUCGACACGAUAUCCCGAAUCCUGUGUCACCUACUCGCUUGUACGACGAUCGUGAAAUGCGAACCACCUACGACCCGUUCCCACUGCCGCAUCACAUGCUGGAAUUGGAAGAACGAUUCAAAGAUUUCGACUAUGUCUUGUCAGUGGCUCACGGGCGAUCGAGGAAACCAGUCCCGCUUUGCUAUCUCCGUGACAUGAUCAAGAGUAUGAAGAACUGGCCGGUGACGCAUUUGAUUCUGGCCAGGUUUCGCACGGUGUAUCCGGACGCGUUUGUUGCGACGAAGAUCGGAGAGGGCAAGGACGACGUGACGGUGUUGCCGGUGUAUGACGAAGACGUUAGCCCGAGUUUGCUUGUAAAGCGUGUCAAAGUGUUCAGGGAAAAUCUGAUCGAGAUUGCGAAAUUGCGUCAUGAUGUGUUCCUAAAGAGCUUGAAACCGCAAGUAAUGGUAUGCAUUUCUGAAGUGCGUCGCUGGCACCCUCAAUAUCGGUAUGACACCAUGAUCCAAGUAGAUCCCGCGGCAGAUUUUCCGCAUCUUACCGAAAUUCCCACGGAAAAGCCGAGGGUGAAGAGAAAUCUGUUCCAGACGACGGAAGAGGAGACAAAUCAGGACGUGUCUCUUCUUUUUAAUGAAUCUCUCUUGGAGAAGAUACGAAAAAAGGAAACUGAGGCUCAUCGGAGAUUCAUUAUGAGGUCAGAGGAAGACGCUAAGCGUUUGCGAAUGAUGCAGCGUCUGCCGGAAAUCGUUCGUGUGCUGCAUCCGAUUUUCGUCGCUGCAAAGUUCAAGUCGUUGAUGGUGGACGAUGUUCUUGAGAAACUGAAGCUGAACUUCCCUGCUUUAUUUUUGAAGGAGGUUUUGAUGCAACAUCUUGAACUGCUGUCUGAUGAAACGCAAGAAUACAAAGUUGAUGGAGCCCCUGCUAUAUCCUUGCUGGGAUUGAGAAGCAAUGGGAAUGUCAAAUACCUCCGGUUCAACAGCGGCAUGAAAGUCUCUGAAAUUCAGUCACUCUUUGAGAAGAGAAUCGCAGUUUUGGAGAAGGAGUGA